CUAUACCUCCGGGGUUCUGGGAAAAUUUCUCGGGCGAAAAGGGGUGACGUGUUCAGGCGAGGAAACAGUUUAGGAAGCGCUGUUCUAGGGAGCUGCUUAAGCCUGGGGAAAUGGGGAGGGCGCAUCUCAUCUGGGCAUCGACCAAAUCCGACUGGAUGGGCAGAAAUGAGGGUAGCUCAGCCGGCCACCUGGGGCUGCCAUGGGAGCGGGGCGGGCUUGCCCAACUGCGACAGCUGGGACGUGAUAACGUGGGUGUUGGCUUUGGAAAGGAAUCGCUAGACGCGGUGGGGAAACUGAGCAACUGUCUUCUGGUGCUGGAAAAAAAGUCGCCGCGGGAAGGGUACCCGGAGGCAAACGGUGCAGCGCGAAUGGCAAGGCUGGCUCGGCGGGGUCCGGGCCGCGAUGCAGUCAGGCGGCAGCUGCAGGGUGCAGCGCGGGUUGCUGCAGCCUGGUUGCGCGUCCCCGAGGCCCAGGCAGCGGGGCGCAGUGCGCACUCCCGCGCGCUGCUCGCGGAGGCCGCCAGGGGGCGCAGCGGGCUCUCAGCGCGACCACCGUGCGGGGCGCCCGGCCGAGCCCCGGGCUUCCAGACUGCAAGCUUUGGCGGUCGUCCAGCACACCCUGUGGAAACAGUUGUCUGCCGAGUACCAGGCCAGUGGAGAUGGCCUGCCCACCGGUCCGCCGGCACCAGCAUCAGACCUUGGAACCUCGGUGGAAGGGUCCCUAUCAAGUCCUGUUGACCACCCCGACGGCGGUUAAAGUAGAUGAAAUUGCUGCGUGGAUUCAUGGCUCCCAUCUCAAGCCUGCUCCUGCUCCGGACAUGGAUUUGGACUGGACUGUGGAGGGGACUGAUAAUCCUCUCAAGCUUCGGAUCCGACAUAGAGACCGGCUGAACUAACCCACACCAACCUGUGAGCCAGACGUGGCAAGUACUGUCGGGGGAAGGGGAUGUGGUUUGGGAAAGAACUGGUAGGUACCCUCUUUGGACUUGGUGGCCUGCCCUAGAACCUGACCUUUGCCACAUGUUGGCUGGGGCAGAAGACUUUGACAUCCCCACCACUGACCCGGCCAACCCAGGUGAACCAGAAGUAUGUACCCAAAGUGGACGCUGCCCCUGUUCGCAUUACCCAGCAGGGUGCAGAGACCCAAGGACCCGAGCAGCCCUAAGAAAGAGACCGUUCUAUAUAUGUCCGAGGGACGGGAGGAGCAGGGCACAGGCAUACAAAUGUGGGCAAGCUGAAAGUUAUCAUUGUAAAGCAUGGGGAGGUGACAGUGUCUUCGUCUGACACUUCCAAAUACAUAGUCCCAUCAUCAGGUCUAUAUUGGGCAUGCAACACUGGGAUCACACUGUGCGUUUCAGUUGCUAGCUUCAGCAGUUCUAAAGAAAAUUGUUGCUUCUAUACUGACCACACAGGGGUGGUAAGGGAAUCUAUGACAAAACUCAGGGAAAGGCUAGAUACCAGCCUGUACCCGAUACCAACCUUUAGGAUUAAAGGUCAGUACAAGAAGAGGAGGGAAUGAAGAGUUAAUUGGAACAAUAUAAAAAGGAACUAUAUUCUUGCUUAAAAAUGCUUCUGCCCCUGCUUGAGCAGAAACCACAGCUCUUGCAGGAGCAAAGCUUGCCCCCCCCUGCUUGAGCAGAAAC